GCCCAUUUCCUCAAUCCUCAAAACGCAACGUUUAACAAGGUGCAUGUUGUCCUAAACUAAACGCAACAGAAACGUCGUCGUAUUCGUCAACGAUGGCGAGCACCCACAACCACCACCACCACAUACUGCAACUAGUCCUCUCCUGCCGGAAAAUAACAGCGCAGGUAACAAACACCUCAAACUCAUCCAUCAUAGCAAUGGCUUCUUCUUCAGAGCAAGAAUUUCUCACUCACUACCGAUCCGUCCUCAAUCGCUUCCCAAGAUCACACCGAUUCUGGGACGCUAAAGUCGCUUCUCGUGUAGGCGAGAAACUAGGUUUCCGUCUCAGAGAAAUCGGCGUCACCGGAGUUCAAAUCGACGCCAAUGAAGAGCUUUCGCGUCCUCUACAUUAUCGCAAAAUGGUUCUCCCUUUGUUUAGUUCCGUUCAACGCGCCGGCGUUCACGUUUCCGGUGCUGAGAAUUUACCCUCCUUAUGAAUCCGAUUAGGAAGCAGAAUUUGCUUAGUGUAGUUGUUAUUUGUUUUUUUGUUGAGAAAUUGAUAUAUUGAAAUCAAAAUUUUGCGGUUAAAUAGGUACUGUUUUCAUUUUCAGCUCGUUACUAUGUUUGAUUGGGUUGAUGGGGGAAUUUGAGGAAAUCAUAAUGACUUUGUAAAGUGUUAAAAUUGCAAUAUCUCACUCUCAAACCCUCAUUGUCAAUCCAAACAUGGAUUAAAUAAACCGCUUAAAGUUCUUACUUUUUUCCCUUUAAAAAGUGAAGAAAGAAACAACUUUCCUUCCUUUGCAAUUAACCUUUUCAAUGAUAAACUAGCCAAAAUAUUCCAAUCAACCCAUAAUUUUCGGUUCUGUUUGGCUCUUCAGUGUUGUUUCUCACACCAUUACGGCAUUGAUAUCACAUCCCAA